CAGUCUUUACAGAAAGGCUAUCAAUUCUUCAGGGUGAAAGAGCAAGUUACUUGACAACAGAUAAUAACUUGGAGGUAUAUCAUGAGAGAUCACACACGUGGGGAAGAGACUGUUGAUCAGGAUAUUUCAUCAUUAUAUGGAGUAAGCCGUAGAGACUACACAAGCCACAAGAAUUCACCUGUGGUGCUGUCACCUUCUGGAUCCAGCAUAUGACAGUUCUCUUCUUUUGAGCUACAGGGAAUUACAGAAGAAAUUGCGCAGAAUCUGGAUCACUAUCCCAGGAGUUUCUAUCUUGGAAAGUGUAUGGGUGUACAUAAACAAAAAGAAGCAAAAUAUAAAACCAGCACAUUUGCUGUCUUGGUUUUUGGAAUUCUAUAUCUUUGACUUCAAUCAAGUAUUUGUAAGCUAUUGUGCCCGAAAUGAGCGAACCAAAAAAAUGGCCGAUCUCUCGCUUAGCAAUUCUGCUCAUUGUCAUUCUAAUACUGGGGAUAGUAGCUUCAACUAUAAUUUUAAUUUUCGCUUUUCUCCCUAGUGAAAAUGCUCCAUGGUUGGAAGGAAGACUUGCCGAUCAAGAUCAUUACUUAAUUGGUGUUGGUCGAGCAGAUUGCACCGGCCCUGUAGCUGAAGUACCAUUUAUAGGCUAUGGCACUAUGGACCAAAAUGGUGCUGGUAUAAUAACAAGACAGUACUGUAGAACAUUCAUUGUAGCAGAGCCUCAGAAUCGUACCAAAAGAGUGGUGUAUGUUACUGCUGAGAUAGGAAUGAUAUCUCAGAGGCUUAGGCUAGAGGUAAUGAAGCAGUUGAAGCAGAAAUAUGGAGAAAUGUAUAGACAAGACAACGUUAUAUUGAGUGCAACUCAUACUCAUUCAGGACCUGGAGGAUAUUUUCAAAACACAAUUUUUAUGAUAGCUAGUAAGGGGUUUAUCAAACCAUCCCUUAAUGCUAUUGUCAAUGGGGUCAUAAAGAGUAUUGAUGUGGCUCAUCAAAACAUGAGGGAAGGACACAUUUUUAUCAAUAAAGGUGUGCUACUGAAUAGCCAGAUCAACAGAAGUCCUUUUUCGUAUCUUCAAAAUUCAAAGUCUGAAAGAGAAAGAUAUUCAUCAGAUACAGACCAAGAAAUGGUGAUAUUGAAGAUGACUGAUGUUGAAGGCCAAGACAUAGGGCUGUUUAGCUGGUUUGCAAUUCACCCUGUGAGCAUGAAUAGUAGCAACCGGUUUACAAGCAGUGACAAUGUUGGCUAUGCAGCUUAUCUCUUCGAACAAGAGAAGAAUAAAGGAUACUUGACAGGAGAGGGACCGUAUGUAGCUGCUUUUGGAUCAUCUAACCUGGGAGAUGUGUCUUCAAAUACAAAGGGACCGCAUUGCACAAACACAGGGGAGUCGUGUGAAAACCUGAACAACUAUUGCCCAAUAGGCGGGGCCAAGAUGUGUAUAGCUUCAGGUCCUGGUAAGGACAUGUUUGAGAGCACAAAAAUAAUUGGAAGAAACCUCUAUCUGAAAGCAAAGGAGCUGUCCAUGGCGGCCUCUGAAGAGAUAUACGGUCCCCUCAAUUCAGCUCACGAGUGGCUGAACAUGGCAAACAGGACAGUACAGCUCAAUGCUACUCAUUCGGGUAAAACGUGUAAACCAGCCUUGGGGUACAGCUUUGCUGCCGGUACUAUGGAUGGACCAGGAAUGUUUAAUUUCACACAAGGUGCAAUCCAUGGGGAUCCGUUCUGGGAUGCAGUCCGUAAUGGAUUGCUUGCUGAACCAUCCAAUGAAUCAGUAGAAUGCCAGAAACCUAAGCCUAUCCUUAUUCCUACAGGAGAGAUGUCGAAGCCUUACCCAUGGCACCCAGACAUUAUUGAUGUUCAAAUGGUUACCAUUGGACCGGUGGUGAUAGUGGCUCUUCCAGGAGAGUUUACGACAAUGGCUGGCCGGAGAACCCGUGAAGCUGUUAAAAGUGAAUUCGAAGCUCAUGGGAAACCAGGAAUGCAUGUUAUACUGGCAGGCUUAUGCAAUGUUUAUACCCAUUAUAUAACAACUUUUGAAGAAUAUCAGAUUCAACGGUACGAGGGAGCAUCUACCAUUUUUGGCCCACACACUCUGUCCGCUUAUAUCCAGUCCUUCAGAGAACUUGUCCAGGCUAUUGUUAAGGAUACUGUUCGAGACUUACCAAGUUAUCCAGAGCCCAGCAUUUUAAACAUAAGUGUAAACUUUCUGCUUCCUGUUAUUGAUGCAAAGCCGCUUGGUCGUAAAUAUGGGGAUGUAUUACAAGAUGUGGAGCCAAUGUACAGGGUGGGAGAAGUUGCUAGUGCACAAUUUGUUGGUGCCAAUCCCAGAAAUUCUGCAGAAAACAUGAGCACAUUAAGUUUCCUUACAGUAGAGAAAUAUGACAAUACUUCAGCAAGCUGGAAAAUCCGGUAUAAUGAUGCCUCCUGGGACACCAGGUUCAUCUGGCAGAAAGGUGACUGGGGACGAAGCACAGCUAUAGUACAAUGGCACAUUCCAAACAACACUGAACCGGGAACCUAUCGACUACAGUACUUUGGUCACCACAAGGAAUUGCUGAGCUCUAUUCAUGCUUUCCGAGGCACAUCUUCAGAAUUUGAAGUUUUAAACUUAGAAUUUGUAAAAUUGUAGCUAUUGUCUUGAAGGAAAUGUUGCUGCUAUUGAAUUUUAUGAUGAUGCCAGAAUCAAUGGGAGGUUUUCAUACAAUGACCAUCAUUUGUCCCAUUUUCUUUCAAAAAGUAGGACUGAAAGACAUCAUUUUCCUUUCAACGGAAAUAAUGAAAAGCGUGACUGCAGCGUUCUUCCUGUGUUUGUGCUUCCCACUGUGUAGAAUGUGGAUAAGGAUGAUGUGCAGGGCUUUGGCAGGGAUCACUUUGUUUGGCUGUCCAUGGCAAUGCAUCCACCAAAAGAUAGUUGGUCUUCCAUUUUGUACCAUUGCCUGCACGCUUUCCAUUGUUUAAAAUAAAGCAAUACAAUUUCUGGUGUCCCUGGUCAUUUCUGUUAACUCCCAGUCAGUGAUUUAAUGCACUCAUCCUUUCAAGUGGACAGAAUGGGCUGUAGCCUGCAGAAGCUCAAGCACCCUUUGCUAACAAUCCAUUAGUCGCUAUGUGUCACACAACUUCUUCGUUGCUAAUAUUACUAAAGGGAUUUGGGCCUGUGAUCUGGAAUAUUAUAAGCCAACCCUAAAGGAUGGCUUUAGCUGCAGGGAAGCACACUUUUGCACAUCUGAACUUAAAACAAUAUUCAAAACAUGUUAAGUCAUGCCAGUUAAGAUGGUUUGCUGUGAGCCUGUGUUUUCCAUCCUAUGUUCCAUAUUUCAUUAGGUCAGACAAGCCUUAGAGUAACAUACCAUUCAAAUUUGAGUUGAAUCCUUUCUAAAACCUGGAUUUUACAAUCCAAAUCCUCUUCAAUGUACAUGGUUGGAAGAUCUUCAGUUAAUGUUUCUGUAACACAGAAAAAGUUUCCAUAUUGGCUGAAGAGUGAGGACUAUUCAGUGUAACCAUUGUUCACGAACACAAAUAAGAGUGACUAUGAUUUAAGAAAGCAGAAAAAUUAGGUACAACAGACACCUUGUCUGUUGAAUCUUCUUUUAUAGACACGUGAUGUCAUUGCAUCACAAAAGCAGAGGCAACAGGCCAGAGCUGGCUAUGGCUUGGUAUGCUAGAAGCCUACGUCCGUUCUAAGGAGAGUGAGACAAAGAUUAUGUCAACUGGGAAUCAAAUCAAUUGUAUAUGAUUAAUUUAGGGCAUAGUUUCUGUACUUUAUUAUAAUUUAUCAUAAUUUCUGCAAUAAACAAAA